AUGAUAACAAAGAAGGGAAAGACAGGUCAGGGAGCCCUCCGCCUUGGCGAUCUCGUCCAUCUCGGUCUCAAGGACCUCCGUAGGGCGACCCGCAUUCGUCUCGCGCUGGGCGAAGUCCCGCACGAGCUCGGAGGUCUUGGGGUAGCCGGCGUUGAUCACCACCACGCGCUUCGCGCGGGUGCCGUCGGGGAAUUGCACGGUAAAGGAUAA